GCAAAUCUUGUCUUCGGGUGCGGGUCCGCACUCCGCAUCAAGCGAGAGUCCGCGAGUCCGCCAUCCUCCUCCCUCUGGUCCCCCGUUGUCCGCUUGUCCGUUUGUCCGUCGUCCUCCCGCUCAGCUCUAAAGUUGCUUGCUCGCUCGCUCGUCGAGUUCGCCCGUUCGCUCGCUUCCACUUUAUUAGUCUCGCGUCUCGCGCGGACCACCGCGAACCCCUGCGACCACGACGCUCCUCAAACACCGCAAACACAUCACACUCUAUACCUAUCGGUACGACGAAAAUUUGCGCGCGAAUUCGCCAACACCCCGUGUUCCCUUUUUUUUUUUUUUUUAUUUUCUUCGAUUUUUUUCCAUCAUUUUUUUCCCUAUUCUCGUUCGUCACUUUGAUUCGAAGAGUCAAUUUUUUGUCAGUUUCUUGCUUUUUUUUUCGAUUUUUUCAAACACUGAUUGAUGGAGGAGUCGAUGAAAAUUGACGAAAAAAAUAAAAUUUGUUACCAGAACGAAAACGAAUUGUAUCAACGAUUUUUUGCAUAUGUGCGUACGGCGAACAACGUAGAUUGUAUAUUGGAUAUAAUUUUAAAAGACUGCGAUCGAGACGGUUUUUUUUUUUUUUUUAAUUUUUUUUUUCGUCAAUGGACCCGGAAGAUAUAAGUGCCGGUUAGUGCAGAGGAAUAAUAAUCGUCAUUAACUUUGAAUGUAAGUCAUUACGAUAAGCUAUACCGACUGCAAAAGGUGCAAUUUUUUAUAAACGGUACUUGUACAAGGAGCAAAAUUUGGUAGAAAUUUUUCGAUAAAAGAAAUUGAAAGAGAAAAAACGACGAAUAAUUAAAAUAAAAAAUAAUACAAUUCGUAUGGAAUCUAUAAAACGUACAAUAAAGUGGGUAAAUAACGAUAUCGUAUGGGCGCCGCAAUUGCGUUGGGAUAUAUAAAGUGCGGUAGUGUUAUAGUGCAGAGCUACUGAAGGAGGUGAGGAUAAUAAAUCGUGAUUAGUGUCAUGUGCAGUGUUCCAGUGCAUAAAAUCAGAACUGUUCGGUUAGCACCUCGUGCCCCGCCAGAGCGUCCCACAGGAGUGAUACUAGAAAGGGGUACAAAAAAGAUCGCAGUGUGCCGGGUGUUGCGGAAAAAGGUGAAUCUGCAAUUGCCAAAGAAACUAUUAAGCAGAGGAGUUUUGUACAGUCGUCGUUGUUGUCGUGAGCCUGAUUUCACGUUGAAGAAGUGCAGAACGAAAAACACUCGCCGAGAGUGCAGCGACUCGACGAAAGUUGGAUUUUAUCCGGGUGGCGAAUCGUCGACCGAUGUCGUCAAACCCGGUGGUAACGUCGACAAUUUACGAUACCUUCGGUGCACCUAGUUAAAUUUGAAAAAGUAAAGAAGAAGAAGAAAAAAAAAUAAAUAAAUAACCGAAGAGAACAAACGGAUCGACGAUAACUGAUUAAUUGGAUACAUUGCAUCCGUGAAGAGAAGGUUAAACAGUUGAGUAAAAAAAUGCUGGCACUCGCGAUGCGUCGCGAACACACCGCCGGCCGAAGCAGUAAUUACAAUCACGAUCCGAAUUCGGGGACGUCGAAUUUCGACCAACUUCAACAUCCGUUCGCAAUUCAGUCGGCUACGCAAGGAUUGGAAGCUGCGGUUGUUCUCAACUCGCGACUGCGUGACAAUCAUCAGGCGGUCGGGGGUGGCGGUGGCGGUGGCGAGUCCGAGGGAACGGAGGCCGAGGGCGAAGGUGAACUCCAGGAGUUUGUCGACAUUGCGCAGGUACAACAACUGUUGCAACAGCAACAUCACCACCAUCAACAACAGCAACAACACCACCACCACCACCACAAUCAACACCAUCAGCAACAGGCUGCCGUUGCCGCCGCUACACCGAGUGCAGCAACUUCCUGUGUCUGGGGUGCCGUUUACCCCCCACCUCCACCGGCCAUUGCCUUUCCUCAUCCUACGCACCACCACCCCCAUCAUCACCAUCAUCAUCCCACGCCAGGAGAGGAUACCUGUCCUGGCGCUGAGGAUAACGCGGAUCAGUUGCAGAGGAUGACGAUGGACGGGAUGGAAGUUGUGGGCUCGCAACCCCACGCGGCCACUAGUCCUUUUCUUCUGGCAUCGCCGCCCCUCGGCCACCAUCACCAUCAUCAUCACCAUCAUCACGCGACCUUCAAUCUGCAAGCGGUCCAGCUCAGCUUCGACGCCUGUUUGGCGUACAACGCGGCUUCGUCCGGAAGUACGACGUCAACGGCGGCGACUACCUCCACCGCGGUUUCCUCCAGUAAAACGGUUCCCUCUCUAUCGUUGGCCUCCUGCAUAUCCCUGCAUCCCCAACAACAUCAACAACAACAUUCUACAAGCGACAACAACGGGGAAGACAACAAUAAUCAUAGAAACAGUCACCAUCAGCACAAUCAAAAUCAUCACCAUCACUCACAUCAUCAUCAUCAUUCCGAGGACCGUCUGAGACACACGGAUACACCGUCGUCACCCGGCGAAAAUGCCAGCGGCAACGAAUUGAAGGAACGUAGACAACAUCAGUUGCUCGACGACGACGAAUGCGCCGGUGGUGCGAGCUGCAGGGACGCGGACCUCAGAGACGCCGGGGAAAAGGAUAAACCCGGAGAUCUUAAUACCCCCGUAACGACGAGCAGCGAUCUUCCCUCGUUCUUUGGACCCUCCGCCGUCGUCGAACCGCCUCCCAUUUCAGGAAGCUUGGCCGGUGAGGAUCUUUCCUUGGAGGAGGCUGCUGCGGAGGACGACGAAUCGUCCGCGGGCAACCGAGACCACCAUCAACACCAUCAUCAACAUCACCAACAACAACAACAACAACAACAGCAUCACCAUCACCAUCAACAACAACAACAACAACAACAACAUCACCACCACCCUCAACACCAAGAAAAUUCAACCGGUUUGAGAUGCGAUUCCGAAACAACGACCGGCGGAACUACGCCUCCUCGAGUUUCGAGUAGCCAUCACGCUUCCCAAGAAGAGGCGGAUCGUUGCAACGCCGUUCUUCAGGGUGGCGUGAUCCUCUAUUCAUCCCCUCACUCCUCGGGGUCUACAGGUGCCUCGUCGUCGAGUCACAAUCCGGCUAACAUAUGCAACGUUCCGACGCUAACGUACCGCGGUGUAUUCACGACGACCUGUACCCAAGCAUCGCCUUUAAACCCUCUGCAAUCCCAGCAGCAAACUACGACGCAAGAAUUAUGGGGGAGUCUCCCCUCGCCCACGUUGAACCUGACGGGUCAACCGUUCCUCCAUCCCUCCCUCCACGGUUCUCCAUACGGUUCGGAAACGGUCGAAUUACUUCAAGUGGAAUCGAAACCACCUCAACCGCCCGGUUAUCACGACACUCCGACCCCUGCACCGUCCGGCUGGUUAACCGCUCACGAAGAAGCCUACGACCCCAACCUGUUGUCUCACCAUCAACACCAUCACCCCCACCACCAUCAUCAGCAGCAGCAGCAACAGCAACAGCAACAGCAGCAGCAUCACCAAGAGCCAACUUUGAAACAAGAACCAUCCGUAACACCUGGGGGUUACAGUACGGGAAAUGUACAACAACAACAACAGCAACAACAACAACAACAACAACAACAGAGUAGUGGAACGGGCGGUGGUUCCUCCGGUAGCGUUCAACUGGCGGAAUACAACCCGAGUACGUCAAAAGGUCACGAAAUAUUAUCGCAGGUUUACCAGCAAAGCGCGUUACCGCUUCGUCUGGUACCGGUGAAGCCGCGAAAGUAUCCAAAUCGGCCGAGUAAAACGCCGGUUCACGAGCGUCCGUACGCCUGUCCGGUCGACGGUUGCGACCGUAGAUUUUCACGAAGCGACGAAUUAACGCGUCACAUAAGAAUUCACACGGGUCAGAAGCCGUUUCAGUGUCGAAUAUGUAUGAGAUCAUUUUCGCGUAGCGAUCAUUUGACGACUCACGUACGCACCCACACCGGUGAAAAGCCCUUCUGCUGCGAUCAGUGCGGUAGGAAAUUUGCGAGAAGCGAUGAAAAGAAACGCCACGCAAAAGUACACCUGAAACAGAGGCUGAAACGCGAGGCUUCGUCGUCGGCCGGCAACGCCGGUAACUCCGGUGCGUCCAACUCCGCCGGAAACUCGACUCGAAAUCAUCCCCACGCUCCACACGCCUCAUCCCCCUGCAACCAGUAGACAGGGAUAUUUAUUCAUUAACCAUGUAACUCAUCCCGCUUUCAUUUGUUUCACGUAUACCCGUUCACCCUUCGAUUAUUCAACAACCCUGUAUAAUUUCCAUUUCUAUCUCUCUCUCUCUCCCGUGAGCUCCGUGUCUUUGUAUAUCUCCUCCAUCUUUCUGUAUACUCACGCGACUGAUUCGAUUGUUAUUUUUCAUUAUUAUUAAUAUAAUUAUUAUCAUUAUUAGUAUUCUAGUUUCAUAUUUUCGUCAUCCGCGCCAUUAUUAUUUUACGAUAUUUUCGCAUUAUUCGUUAAUAUUAUCGUUAUCGUAACUACUAUAAUAAUUGUUAUUAUUAUUAUUAUUAUUAUUAUUAUUGCCGUCAUCGUCAUCGUCAUCGCCAUCGCCAUCGUCGUCGUCGUCGAAUUUAUAUUAUUGUUAAUUUAAUUGCCUUACACGAUUAUUAUAUUUCUAUAUAUACACAACAUGUAUAGAUAUAAUUGUCAAUUAUGGUACGAUAUCGUUGCCCGGCAAAAAUUACUAUUGAGGCCUGAAAACAAAAUCGUGUCCCGGACACGCUAAACCCGGCCCCUCUGUGUUCUCCCCCUGCGUAUAAUAUCCUCACCUAAAAUUCGUCGUUCCUCUUCCUUUGUCCUUUUUCCUUUCCCCUUCUCUUUUCCUUGAGUUUCCUUUCCCGCAUCCUUUUUUAGAAUCUUUAACAUGUAUAUCUGCUCCGUCCGUCCCUUAUAUAAAGCCGAUUGCGGCGCACCCAUUCAUCUCCGCCUCUAGAAACCUCCACGACGAGCUGUAAUUACUUCUAAUCGUUACUAUAUAUGUAUUAUACAUAGACAGAAUUGACAGAGGUAAAGAAGAAAAAAAAAAAAAGAGGAAAAUUAAAAAAAAUUAAAAAAAAAAAAAAAAUUGUAAACAUGUGUAUAUAAUAUAUAGAUAUGAAUAUAUAUGAAAUUAUGUAUGUAUAUAUAAUAUAUAUGUAUAAUACAUUUGUGUAUUUGUAUCUGAUGCAUGUGUGUAUAUUAUAUGUAUGUAUUUAUAUAUGUAUAUAUCGUAUAGGAUACAUAUGCAUUAUGUAUAAGGCUCCCAAAAAGCCGCUGUAAACGUUACCCCCGUAUAUAUUGUAUAUCUAUACGUUCUGAAAGAUUUAAGAAAGAGAAAAAAAAACACAAAAAAAAUUCUAUUGUUGAUUAAGAAUCGAUUAAUAUUAUGUAUAUGUUGCUCUAUUUAUUAACACCGACCGUAUAUAAUGUUUAAGGAUUACAAACAUAAAUGAAUAAUAAUGAUACUUUUUAUUAUAUAUUACGAUUAUUAUUAUUAUUAUUAUUAUUAUCAUAAUUUUCAUUAUUAUUAAUAGUAUUAUUACUAUUACUAUUACUGUUACUAUUAUUAUCAUUAUCAUAUAGAAACUGAAAUCGCUGCAAUUUGCAGGAAAAAAAAAACAUUAAUAAGAAAAAAAGAACAGAAACGAUGUGAGAAAAGAAUGAAACCGAAGUAACUUGCAUUGAAAUUGAAUAAAAGAAAAAAAAAAUCGUACUGUACCUAUUACUG